AACCUCCCGGGCGGCCUGCCCUAUGUUCCAGCCAGACAGCAGAGACUACAUCGGCUUCGCGACGCUGCCGGAGCAGGUGCACCGCAAGUCCGUCAAGCGCGGCUUCGACUUCACGCUGCUCGUCGUAGGCGAGUCCGGGCUGGGCAAGUCCACGCUCGUCAACAGCCUGUUCCUCGGCGACCUCUACAAGGACCGCAAGAUCGCCGAGGUUGGAGAGAGACUCGAGAAGACGACCCAGAUUGAAAAGAAGAGCAUGGACAUCGAGGAGCGCGGUGUCAAACUUCGACUCACCAUCGUCGACACACCUGGUUUCGGCGACGGCAUAAACUGCGAGGAGUCGUGGAAGGCGUGCGUCAACUACGUGGACGAGCAGUUCCGGCAGUACUUCACCGACGAGAACGGCCUGAACCGCAGGAACCUGCAGGACAACCGGGUGCACUGCUGCCUGUACUUCAUCCCGCCCUACGGCCACGGCCUCCGGCAGAUCGACCUCGAGUUCAUGCGCCGCCUGCACCGCAAGGUCAACAUCGUGCCCGUCAUCGGCAAGGCCGACACGCUCACGGAGAACGAGGUCAUUAAGCUCAAGAGGCAGAUACUUGCGGACAUCGAGGAGCACAAGAUACAGAUCUACCAGUUCCCCGACUGCGACUCGGACGAGGACGAGGAGUUCAAGACGCAGGACCGCGAGCUCAAGGCUUGCGUCCCCUUCGCCGUGGUGGGCUCCAACACCGUGCUGGAGGUCGGCGGCAAGAAGGUCCGCGGCCGCCAGUACCCAUGGGGAGUGGUGGAAGUGGAGAACCCGAAGCACAGCGACUUCAACAAGCUCCGCAACAUGCUCAUCACCACCCACAUGCAGGACCUCAAGGACGUGACCGAGGACGUGCACUACGAGAACUUCCGCGCGCAGUGCAUCUCCCAGAUCAGUCAGCAGGCCAUCCGGGAGCGCGCGCCGGGCUCCAAGCUCAAGAGGGACUCGGUGAUCAACGACGGCGUGAUCACGGAGACUGACCGGCUCUUGAUCCAGAAGGACGAGGAGAUAAGACGCAUGCAGGACAUGCUCGCACAAAUGCAAGAGCAGCUCAAGCAAACGGGAAAUAAGAGAGACAGUGUUGUCAACGUCUAAGAGUGAGGUCGGAAUCGGUUGGUGCAUGUGGUUGUACCUAACUUAAAUAGAUUCUAAUAUUUAUAAUAUUCAUUUAUUAUGACGUCCGUGACGGACGAAAACUCGUGAUAUAACAAAAGUACAUGUAAAUAGCAGAUCGUAGCUUAUAUUUGAUCGAAUCGUUCAGUGUCAACUGUCGGUCGCAGAAGCUGGCAUGGAAACUGUCACAUCUUUUUAUCUGUUUGGAUGAUAUAAUUUUCAUGGCAGCUUUUGGGCGGCGAAGGGAACGUAAAUGGUGCGAUAAGUAGUUGUUCUGGGUUUUAAAUAGAGCAUAUCCCAUUACAGUUACCCCAUUCGACAAUGUCUUAGAAUUUUUCACUUUUUAUGUAGUUAUCAUUUUAUGAGAGAAUACAUUUCAUAUUAUUCCAGUCCGCAUUGGUGUAGAAAUAUUGUGUACCUCCCCGUAUUGUCCCGAGGGCAGUUUCAGUAUUGUUAAGUUCCAUUGAUGAUAACCUCGUGAAGGAGUGUGGGGACCUUCUGCCUGUAUCAGUAUUCUGUUGUUACAUUGUAGGACUGUACAGGGUUCUGUAAGCUUCCUGCUGGUUGCCAUCUCGUUAGUUCAUGGCUGAACUCGCAUCGAGACUGACGUGUUUCUUAUGUUUCUACAAAGCACUGCCUCAAAGUUAUUGCAAAAGUAAACAUACUUUAACAUUUGUCAUUAAGGAGAAAACGGGUUAAACCAAAAUCAAAUCUACCAGGGACGAAUUAAUUUAAACCAUAUACUCUCAAACUCACACAUCUAAAGUUACCUACUCUACUUACACUAGCGUUUGUUGUCUACGAGCACAACUAACCACACCAGAGUCAUGAAAUGACUAGAUAUGUACUAACUUACUGAACCAAAUAGUUUCUUUGUGAUCUCAUCGUGUUCUUAGAACACUUAUAUGCGACAAUUUUUGUAGUUUUCUUGACUCAAACUUUGUAUAACGCUGAUGUAAAUAAACUUUUCUGAUCGAGCCCAGGUCAA